AUGAAGUACAGUGGCUUGGGACUCGGAGUCAUAGCCCUGCUUCAUUCUGUUCACGGACAUGUGCACUAUAAUGCAAAUCACCUUUCCCAGCGCGCGUCGGAGACCGUAUCUUGUCCAAAGGAGAAGAUAACAAACACAGUCAUCGUGCAUAUCAAUCAAUCGGGGCGAACCUUGAGCAUCGAGACGCAGUCGGCCAGACCACCCGUGACCUCCGUUAACUCUCAAAAUGCAUCACCAUCACCGCCCCAAGCCAGAGUCAUUGUUCAAAGCGGCACUACUUUGCCGACACCCACUGCAGAAGUAAUAUCCCCCGGCCCUGAGCAGCAACAAAACUUGCCUGUGCCGGGUUUCACGCCACCGAUUGAUACGCAUGGAAUAAAUGGCAUAGAUGAUGAUGAUGAUGUAAACAAUAUCAACGAUAGCAGUGACACGAACUCGUUCGACAUCCUUUUCCCUUCACACGGCAAAAAUGUGCAGCGAAACAAGUACGGCAUCUCCUACUCCCCAUACAACGCGGGGGGCGGAUGUAAAGGACAAAAAGAAGUCGACCACGACAUCAAAUCUCUCCGGCAAUACUCUCUGCUUCGAAUCUACGGAGUCGACUGCAACCAAGCACGCACUGUCACUAAAGCUGCACGGGAAAACAACAUGAAAGUGUUUGCAGGGGUCUUCAAUAUCGCAAAUCUCGACCAAGACUUGCAAGAAAUCAUCGAUGUCGCAGACGGAGACUGGUCUCUCUUCCACACCAUAUCGGUCGGCAAUGAGCUCGUCAAUCGAGCACAGAAUUCGGCGGCGGAGGUGGCCGGUUCUGUCAAUGCUGCGCGCAACAAGCUUCGACAGGCUGGAUAUCAGGGUCCUGUUGUCACGGUGGACACGUUCAAUCAAAUCAUCGAGCACCCGGAGUUGUGCGAAGCGUCGGAUUACUGCGCAGCCAACUGCCAUGCGUUUUUCGAUUCGACGCAAACACCCGAGAAUGCGGGUUCGUAUGUGCAUGAUCAAGCACGCCAAGUGUCAGAGGCUGCUGGAGGGAAGAAGGUCAUCAUCACUGAGUCAGGAUGGCCGUAUGCAGGCACGCCGAAUGGUAAUGCCAUACCGUCUCGACCGAAUCAAGAGGCUGCGUUGCGCAGUCUGCAGAAGAGUUUCCCAGACGGUGGCCUGAUUUUAUUCAGCGCGUUUGACGAUAAGUGGAAAUCUGAUGAUGCCGGCACGUUUAAUACGGAGAAGUUUUGGGGAAUUACCGAGUUGGGAGACACGAUUAAUUUCAGAUAG